AAGAGGAUUCAUCAUCAUAUCAGCUUCUUAACAACGAGGGUGAGAGACCACUCUUUCUUGCUGUUAAACAUGGAUGUUCAAAAGUUGUUGAUAAGAUUUUGAGUUCAAAAGUUCCCUCCAAGGCUCCUCGUUUUCGAACACUGCGUCGUAAGGAUGGACAAACUGUGCUUCAUAAUUUGCGAUUUUGCCCAGAGAAAACUUGCAGACAGUUACUUGCAAAAUUUUGGUGGAUAAUCAAUUUGCGUGAUGAUAAGGGAAGAACUGCGUUUGAUGAAGCCAAUGUGAACAACGUUGAAUGGCUUGUAAAUUUGCUAAAGGACAUUUCUUCAAUAGAAAAAGAAACCUUUGAUUUUAUUACUGCCUGUGAUAAAGAUGACUUGACAACUGUGAUUGCCUUCAUUGAUAAUGAUGUUCUACACCACAUUAAAUUGCAAACUUACCAAGAUUACCUCAACUUCCUAAAGAAUCCAACCAUUUCAGAGCUUAAGAAUUACAUUACUGAAUCAGAUGGUGCGACACCCCUGCAUCGUGCUUUAGUUAGGAAGGAAAUGCAUCUGGCUAAGGUAUUGCUUAAAGAUAAUGAGGUUGAACGAAACAUUAAGAAUAAAAGUGGUAAAACUGCCAUGGAUUUGCUUCUUGAGCUUUACGAAAAUGACAAGAACUGGGAAAACUUGUGCUUGCAGAUCAAAGUUAACCCACGGUUGAAAACAAACUAUAUCCAACCAGGGGCGAAUUUGGAUCAAAUGAGAAACACAUUAUCAGUAGUUGCAGCUUUAUUGGCAACAAUCACAUUUGCAGCUGGAUUCACUCUUCCUGGUGGCCUUAAAAGUGACACUGGAGAAGCUAUGCUAGCUAAGAAAGCCUCAUUUUUGGUAUUCUUACUAGCGGAUGCAUUUGCCAUGAAUACAUCCAUGUUGGUUUUGUGUUGCUUGUUAUGGUCUAUGGUUUGUGACCGUGAUAUGUCAUAUUUAUUGGUUGACCGUAGUGUGAUGAUACUCCUUCUAUCCCUAUAUGCGACAAUGGUGGCAUUUAUGACAGGAGUCUACGCAGUAAUUGAACACCGCUCCUUAUGGGCAGCCAUCAUUAUUAUUGUCAUGUGCUCAUGCAUAGGGAUUACGGCAAAUAGGACUGUGUUGCAUAAUAUCGCAAAGCUAAUCCCCUCGGCGAAGAAAGAUAAAAAAUCUGAGGAAAAAGCAUCUACCUCUGCAAAUAACGAGUCUCAGAAUUCUGAGGGACGAUGCGGCAAUCUACUCAGUAAUAUCGCCUCCUUUUUGACGGUUAAAUUUAUUUCAAAGCAUAAUCAAGACAAGAACUCUCAACAUCAUUCAGUUGAUCAAGAGGGUGGAGCACCUCAGAAAGCAAAGGAAAUAUCAGGCACGUUAUCAAUGAGGCUAAGAAAGUCGAAACCUGUGAAUGAUCAAGUCCAAAAACAUCAAAACAACCGAUUUGAUCAGGGACAAGCUUCCACUUCUAGAAAUAAUGACCCUUCAGAAGCAGUUGGACAUUCAGCAACUGAUAUCAUGAUAAGUUAUCCUAGUGGUUGAGGUGUUGUUUAAUUUCUCUAAUUUAAGAGGUCAGGGGUUCAAGCUCCAGCUGUAACUCAAAAUUAUUUGCUAAGAUCGAUAUGAUGUUAAGAACUUUGAUGAACCAUAACAACAAAUGUUUGAUAAAAUAAAAUUUGCAAAAUGACAAUGAUUUAAGGAGGUUCAUCCAAUGAUGGCUACGUCCUCCGUGGUGUGUAGUUUCUUGUUUAUAUUAUUUCAAUGGAGUAAUACACUCUUACAAAUGAAGUAUUACAAUUGAGCAAGAGAUAAAACAAAAAGACUAUGUGUUUGGCUUAGAGGUUGUGUUUUUUUUUUUUUUUUUUUGUGUUUUUAGAUGAGCAUGAGAGCUUUCUAUUUAUAGUACUAAGUACAUUCAAUGAGAUUACAACCUUAAUUCUGAGUAUUAACCACUUUGAAACUGCUCCAAGAAGUUAAAGGGAUGAAAACAGAAAUUUCUAAAUCGUUAGAAGAUCCGCUCGACCGGAACAGAGGCUCGCUCGGUCGAGCGAGCUACAGACAACUUUUGGAUACAUUCUGUUUGUUCGCUUGACUCACUCAAAAGCUCGCUUGGUCGAGCUACCUUUAGUAUGCCUUCUGUUAGUUUAUGUUCGACUAAAUAUAGCAAAGCAUCUUCAAAACUUUUACACUUCUUCAUUAAAUAUCAUUAAGACCUAUAACUCUCAUGAUUACUGCAACUAUUAAAUCACACUUUAAACACCACAAUCGUUAAGUUACCAACUUAAACACGCACAUUAACACAUUUAUAGGAUUUCAUCCCAAAAGACACACAUGAAUAUACACAUCAAAUGUGCACUCAAGUCACACAAUUCAUAACAGUUUUAUUUUUUUAAAAA